AUGGGCUUUCGCUCGACCCUUUGCGAGCUUGGAAGGCGACUGCUGGCAGCCCGUUUCAAUCCGCAGACCAUCGUUGAGCAAGGCCACGGUGACUAUAGGUACAGGUCUGGCCAUACUCAGGCGCGGCCAUACACACAUUCCUCUUCCCACGCUCAUGUAUACGCGUGCCAGGUCUGCGCCGCGCAGCAGGCCACUCGGAUGAGUGAGAAGCUCGUGUGUAACUCCCAUCGAAUGCACCAGCUCACAUCCCGGCCACUGCCUCCUCUGCCCACCAGUCGUCCCUUGCCACCCCUUCCCGGAAUCCCCCAGUCCCCGGUACCGUCUACUCUUUACCGAAAACGUCGGUAUCAUUCUUCUGUACAGCUGCGGGAUAGCUACGAGAGCUUUGAUACGAGCAACGGUACCGUUUCGCAAUCAAACGACACAAGUUCCUCGGCCACUUCCUCGACCUCAGGUUCUCUCUCCGUCCAGGUCUCUCCGAUGUGUGCCCACUACCACUCACUUGGUCGCUUAGUGCUUGGUCUCCAGACGGCCCUUCAACACGUUCGCUACGCCAUCAGUGGCCCUCUUGCUCUUCGCCUCUACGACCCCUUGCGGUGCAUCGAUGUAGGCGACUCGCUGGACGGAGCAGAUUCCGUCUGUCAGCCUUCAAUUGUGUGCCCCUUGGCCACCCGUGACGUCUUGCCGUCCUGGGCCGCUGUCUCUCAAAAUGCCUUUCGAUUUGACCGUCGCAGGCCGCAAAGCCUGCAGCUGCAGGUCGACGGGCAAUUUGUGACGGUCAAUAUUGAGUGGGUGAAUGACCACGAGUUUGACAGCGGCGAAGAUUCGUUCUACCAAAUCGACCGCACGGAGGGCUCAUGCUGUUUUAGGAACGAGGAAAGCACGUGUGAUGGCCCGUACGAGACGCUCGGCUUGCCCGAAACGGCGCCACCUGUUCUCAGCCUCGCCAGUCUGCUACAACACACAGCGCAGGCGUACACACGCAGUGGUGCCGUAUAUGAGGCCUCCGAGGAUUCCAUGGAACACAAGGUUCUCGGACGUCAGGUCAACACCUGUCUCCGGCUCCUGGGCAGCGGCACGACACUUGGCCGCCAGUUUUUGAUGCCUCACGAAGUUCCCGCUGUCUACGAUCCUGCAUUCUCGAGCAUGUACUACGCAGAGUUUGGUGCCGAGGGUGUCCAACGGCUGCAUGCUGUCUGCGCCGCAAUCCCACCCGUUGGUGCGUCUCAAACAUGCGCACGUUCGACACCUACGUCCGCGAAGCACAGCAUUGCCCGUAAGCCUCUACCAUCGACUAGUCGUCACAAGUUGAGUACAGCUGGUGCCUCUGAAAGGACUGCGGAUCACAGAGGGCCCUAA